UGCUGCUGCUUUCACGGUGUCCUCCUCUUGUCGCAUAUCCAGUUAGCUGAUCGUUAGCUUUUGUGCCAGAAUGGUUUCAGUGGCGUGUCAGUGUUUGUCCGUUGUUUCUGGCUAAGGAUAGCGGGGACUUGGUGGCUUUCAUGUUCCGUGCAGCUAAUCUAAAAACCAUCGGCAAAGCGGGAACUGGCUGGCACUUUCGCCGAACGAUGGACGAGCUGGUCCAUGACCUGGUGUCAGCGCUGGAGGAGAGCUCAGAGCAAGCUGCCCGUGGUGGUUUUGGUGAUGGAGGUGACCAUGCACUGGCAGUGGGCUGUCUGCUAAAGAGACAGGCUCGGAAGCGGAGGGGUAGGAAACGACGCUCAGACAACCCACAUCCACCGUGGGAGACGGGCCACCUCAGUGAGGGUUCAGAGUCCAGUGUGGAGGAACAUAAGGACUACCGUGCCAGUACAGGAGCUGUCUCUGCUGCCAAUAGCCAUGCCCGUGACAACAGUGACUCAGAUGAACAACUUGGCCCCAAACGGCGAAUCCCCUACACAGCCGACAUGGGGCGAAGUAAACGGCCGCUCUGGCCGGAUGACCUGGGUGUCCUGGGCUCAGCAGAGGGGACUCGAAGCCUUAGGCGACGACGUAAGGUCAAACGCAUGGCUGUGGACCCACCCAUAGAUCCAGAACCUCCCACCUCCACUAUGCUUGGGCCACCGCCUGUACCCAAAGCCCGUGUUGGUGGCAAGCCACAUAGACUGGGUGCAAGUGAGGGAAGAGGUGCCAUGGAGUUCUGCGGAGGUGGACUGGUAGAGCCAAGUGGAAACAAAAGCAGAGUAAAAAAGAGGAAACUGGCGACACACCGGCUGGGAGUGGAAGCUGCUGAUGAAGGGGUUGUGGUGGAGAGUGAAGACCCCGUCUGUUCUCCAACAGACGGGUCCAAAGACAAGAUGGAGCUGGAGGAGCAAAAGGGCUCGGAUGAGGACAUGAGUGACAGGUGUGAGACCAGCAGUGUGAGUAACAGCAGUGAUGGAGGCCUCUAUACAAAUGAUGAGGGGAGGCAAGGUGACGAUGAGCAGAGUGACUGGUUCUACGAGGGUGAGCCGGGCUCCGGUCCGGGGCCCGGGGGUGCUUGUGGGAUAGCAGGAGUUGUUCCCUGGUGGGAGAGGGAGACUGGGUCAGAGGAGCUGGAUCUAGCCGACCCUGUCUUUAACAGCAUUCUCACUGGAUCCUUCCCACUCAUGAGCCCUGGGGCACAGAGAGGUUUCCAGGCCCGGUUGAGCCGCCUUCAUGGCAACCAUCAGGUACCUGAGGCAGGGCUGCAGGGAACCUCCAGUCAGGGCUUCAGCGAAAGAUUGAGCAGACAAACUCAGGACACCCACGAGCCGUGGUUCAGCUCAGGCUCAAGGAGAGAACACGGACAGUUGCACUGGGACCCACUCUCAGACAGAGGGCAUCGGAGGACCUGCUCAGUAAAAACAGCAAGCAGACAGACCAGCGGACACCUCGGCUCGCUCUGCACAGGGGAUAUCAAGCGGAGGCGCAAAGCAGCCCCCCUUGGCUCCACUGCACCUUCAGGAGUGGUCGGGGAGAACGCACCUCCGAUCCCUGAGACCAACAUGGGGAACCGCAUGCUGCAAACCAUGGGUUGGAGUCCAGGGAUGGGCCUGGGUCCUGAGGGAAGAGGCAUUACCGAGCCCAUCCGGGCCACCCAGAGACCUAAAGGCACGGGUUUGGGUUUCAGCUGAACACCCAGAGUGAGGCCAGGAUAAUAUACCCCACCAAGGAGGGACGAGAUGAAAUUCUCCUCAGGGUUAUCUAAAAACACACACACAAAGGUCUGGAAUAAUCCAGGCGCACGAACAACAAGAGAAGGACGCUGCUCAUCAUAGCAAACGACCUGAGAUGAAACAAAAAUUAAACUUUCCCAUGUUGGGGAAACUGCAAGAAGACUGAGAUCUCUGCACAGACUCCUUAACAUGUGAAAGUAAAGGACGGAAAGUGAUCCACAGACAAGAAUGGCAAAUGCGUCUUCUUGAGAAACUCCAUGUUGGAGAAAGUGAUGUGAUGUGAUGUCUCAUCCGUUACCUCAGAUGCCAGUGUUACUGGUCAGAGAACUGGGGUGCUGUUGACUACAUACAAAUAAGUAUUGCUUCAGGUCGCCAGUGACGACAGCAAUGGUUCUUCAGUCGGCUGUGUUGGUUAGUGAAUCAAUGAUAGGGUUUUUGUCUGAUGUUGCACAAUAAUUUUAAAAUCAAUUGUUUGAGAAGGCUAUACCUCAAGAUUAUUCUUAUUUUUUUUAAUUGUAAUGAAUUUAGGGUACGCUUUAUUGAUGUAAGUUUGGAUAUCUGGAUGUUUUUCCUCGCCCAAUCCCUUUUUUUUUUUUUUUUCUUAAUUGUUGAUUUAAUUGGAGAAAUCUUGUCAUGAGAAUGUUUUUAAUCUCUCUCCCAAAAAAAAAGAAAGGCUGAAAAUCCAAGUUACAAAUUUCUCUUCAUUUAGCACCAGUAUGCACAGAUUUGCACACGAAGCCCGAAGUUUCACCACACCCUGCUUUUCGUUUCAUUGAACGUAAUUUAAGGUUUUUAAACAGUGUUGCUGCAAACGUAGCCAAGAGUAAGCACGCUUUGUGACUUUACACAGUCACACGGUAUGAUAUGAGCAUUUUGGCGUUUCAGUGCACACUCUUGAAGGAAGGAACCUGUGUUUAACCGGUGCUUUCCGCUUAAUUUGCUUGAUUAGACCUUUUCGCAGGAUUGUGGGGAAGUGCGGGCUGGCUAACGUCUAAUCAGACACCUGCGGCACAACACAGGAAGUCAGACGCAUUUAUUAAAAUAAGUUGGCUGCUUACCUAAUUGUAUUAUUUACUAUGCAGCUGUUGGGUAAUUUAACCCCAUUAGCAUAUUGGCCAGACACAGCGGAUUGUUGUGGAUAUAUAGCUAAAGUAAAUUUAAGUGCAGCUGAGAGAUCAAGGGGCCAGAAAAAAAAUAGAAAGAUGUUGAUUAGAAAUGGUGCAGGAUAUUUAAAGUGUAGCAGUAUUUCCUCUGAACAGCUUUUAACCUUAGGACCUAACUUACCUCAUUAAACUCGUGACAGUUUAAAGACAUGUGAGUGGAGCUCUGAUGUGGAAGAAAAGGGUAUACAGUAGAAAUUUAGCCUCUGUAAACCAAAACUGUUAAAUCUGAAACUAAGCAAAAAAGUCUAACGCAUUAAUUGUUUAUUAAUUUGAUUUUAGAUUGUCUUUUUUUUGUAAGAAGGCUCAAAGGUAACCUUCCUGAUGAUUAUAAUUUGUUAAAAAAUCUCUACAUUUUUACUGCAGCCCCAGGUAGAGGAUGGAUUUUGAAGAAAGGGGGGAAAAAAGCCUGAUUACUUAGGUUAAGGUGACUCAGCAUUUUUAUGAGCACUACAUUUCUUUGACCUAAAGUUCUUGGGUUACUUUUGCAGUAUGUUUUGGUCAUUAUACAUCCGUACAGUGAAGCGCUGUCCAAUCAGCUUUGCAGCAUUUGGCUGAAUCUGCACAGAGACUAUUGCUCUGUACACUUCACAGUUCAUCCUGCUGCUUCGGUGAGCAGCCACAUCAUCAUCACUACAGCACGUUACUCCAAGUAACCAGGCUCUUCUGGAACCAUACAUGCUCAUGCUUUAACACUGUGGUUAUGUUGUAGAUAAUGGGCCUUUCCUAUCUUCUCCAUAAAUCAACUGUUUCCACUAGGAACAUCUAUGUUUUUUGUUUGUUUAAAAAAAAAUUUAAUAGUUUAAAUAUCUAAUCUGGGCUUCUUGUUCUGAAGGGGUUGGUUUGCACAUUGUCGUAAACCCCAUGUAUUUCCCUUCAUGAAGGCGUCUCUUGAUUGUAGACUUUGACAAUGAUAUACCUACCUCCUGGAGAGUGUUCCUGUCUUGGAUUAUUGUGAAAAGGUUUUUCUUUGUCAAGGAAAAGGAAUUCUGCGAUUGUCAAAUUUUCUCUUCUGUUGUUUUUCAGGCCUUUUUCUCUUGACCAGCGCCUUCCUUACACCAAAAUGUACCAAAUUGCUGAUUUUCUUUGUUUUUUUUUUUGCCUAUAGAACUUUGACUGGUUUUGUGUUUCUUCUUUUUUCGGCCUGAUGAUGGGCUCUUUUUAAUUGCAUAGUAUUAUGUAGAUUAGUGGUUUAAUAAAGCAGCAGUUUAUGCAGCA